UUCCCGGACCGGGCUCGCCGGGCGCAGGGUGCAGCCAGACUUUUCCUGGGCCUGGCUGCGCGCGGUCGGUUCCGGGUCCGGUGAGUGACUCUCGUGACUAGCGUCGCCCGGUGCGCGGAGGAAGGAUCUGCCCUGACAGCCUGGGGGAAGGUUCCACGGCCGCAGUGCCCAUGGCGGGCGAGGGAUUCGGGCACCCGGGGACGACGGCCACCACGGCGUCCGAGACCCGCGAGCACCUCUUUAAGGUGCUGGUCAUCGGCGAGCUCGGGGUGGGCAAGACCAGCAUCAUCAAGCGCUAUGUGCACCAGCUCUUCUCCCAGCACUACCGGGCCACCAUCGGCGUGGACUUCGCGCUCAAGGUCCUCAACUGGGACAGCAGGACCCUCGUGCGCCUGCAGCUGUGGGACAUCGCGGGGCAGGAGCGGUUUGGCAACAUGACCCGAGUUUACUACAAGGAAGCUCUCGGAGCGUUUGUUGUCUUUGACAUCUCGAGAAGUUCUACGUUCGAGGCAGUCUUAAAAUGGAAAAGUGAUCUGGAUAGUAAAGUCCAUCUUCCCAAUGGCAGCCCUAUUCCUGCCGUCCUCCUGGCUAACAAAUGUGACCAGAAAAAGGAUGGUGGCCAAAGUCCUUCCCAGAUGGACCAGUUCUGUAAAGAGCAUGGCUUCACUGGAUGGUUUGAAACCUCUGCCAAGGAUAAUAUAAACAUCGACGAGGCUACCCGGUUCCUAGUGGAAAACAUCCUUGCGAACCAGCAAAGCUUUCCUAGCGAAGAAAACGACAUGGACAAAAUUAAACUGACCGAUGAGCCCCUGACAACAAAGCCCAGGGCUCAGUGCUGCUGAUGAGUCUCUCUGCACCCCCUGUGCUGUCUCCUUGGUCCUGCCUGUGACUGAGGAUGCUCACAGGGCCAUUGUCCCCUGUGAAUCUCCCUUAGGCCUGCUUCACCUUUAUUCAGCUGCACAGGAACCACACGUGUGAAGCUGGAGAUCCGUGGAGAACUGUUCCCACUAGAGGCCCUGUGAUUUACCAGGUGAAUCCUGGGCUCUUUCUGUGCUGCCCAAUGCAGACUAAUGUUUACACCCUUUAAAACAUUUUUGUACACGAAUUUCAAGUGUUAGCUUUUAGUGUAAAUACUGGAGUAGUAGAAAAACUUUCCCCACGGUGUUCCUGGCAUUUUGAGUGUCUUUGUUCCUGUGUUCAUCCUCACCCAACCACGAUCCUUUUCUUUUAUAGGCUGUUAGCUACAAAGACUUGAAGGCCCCCAUGUAGUUAUUUCCUAGUCAAAAUUUUGUACGUUGUGUAAAAUUUUUAUCGUUAAAUAUCGUGAGUCUCAGCUGGGCCAGGAGGUGGUGGCACAUGCCUUUAAUCUGAGCACUGGGGAGGCAGA